AUGACCAUAGUUGACAAACCCUCAGAGAAGUCUGACUUUGAGUCAGUACGGUGCACACACUCUGGCUCUCUGACUCCUUUCUCCUCUGGAGACAUGGAUGGCAACAGUUCCAGCUGGAGUGUGAACUCCCAUGCCUCCGAGAUCUUGAGGGCCAAGGCUGCCUGUACGGCUCCCAGCAUUGGAGCAGCUGUGUACACCACAGCACUUCCAACUGAGAAGUGCCAGGAGCAAGUGGGGAUGACGUGUGGUGAUGGAAUUGCCGUACCACAGAAGGUUCUGUUUCCACCGGAGCGUCUGAACCUAAAGUGGAACCAGGUCCAUCGUGUUGGCGCAGGGCUCCAAAAUCUUGGCAACACAUGUUUUCUUAACUCUGCCCUACAGUGUCUUUCAUACACUGCACCCCUAUCCAACUAUAUGCUGACCAGAGAGCAUUCCAAAUCAUGUCGUGAGCCUGGAUUUUGCAUGAUGUGUACCAUGCAGAAUCACAUCACCCAGGUGUUUGCCAAUUCAGGGAAUGUCAUAAAGCCCAUUGGCGUGUUAAAUGAACUAAAACGUAUUGCAAAGCAUUUUCGGUAUGGGAGUCAGGAGGAUGCCCAUGAGUUCUUGAGAUACACAGUAGAGGCUAUGCAGAAGUCUUGUUUGCCUGGAAACAUACUGGACAGGCAAACGCAGGCAACCACUCUGGUUCAUCAGAUAUUUGGAGGCUACCUGAGGUCUAGAGUGAAGUGUUUAAAUUGCAAAGCUGUGUCGGAUACAUUUGAUCCUUAUCUGGACAUUGCACUGGACAUUAAGACGGCUCCAACUAUUACUAAAGCUCUUGAGCAAUUUGUUAAGCCUGAGCAACUAGAUGGGGACAACGCCUACAAGUGCAGCAAAUGUAUGAAAAUGGUUCAUGCCUCCAAGAGAUUUACCAUUCACCGCAGCUCCAAUGUGCUGACCAUCUCUCUAAAGCGCUUUGCCAACUUUAAUGGAGGGAAAAUAGCAAAGGAUGUAAGAUACCCUGAGUAUUUGGACCUGCGUCCAUACAUGUCUCAGUCUCAAGGAGAGCCACUGCUGUAUGGGCUGUAUGCAGUGCUGGUUCAUGCUGGUUUUAGCUGCUAUGCCGGACACUACUACUGCUAUGUGAAGGCUAGUAAUGGGCAGUGGUAUCAGAUGAAUGAUUCAUCUGUGUCUGUCAGUGAUAUUAGAUCUGUGCUAAACCAACAAGCUUACUUGCUGUUCUAUAGCAGGUCAGCAGAUCUGAAAAAUGGGGAUUUUAACCACGUGAAUCGUAAUACAGGCCAGUCAUCCCCUCGGCCUCUAACAACACCCAAGACGAAUGGGCUCCAAUAUACCUCUCAGUCAUUCAUUGGUCCACAGUUACCCCCUCAUCUUGUAAAGAAAUACGUCAAUGGGAACGUCUCCUCUAAGGAGUAUCAGAGUGGCUCAAAGCCCAACAGCAACAACCCUAGUGGAGUGACCAAAAUCAACUCCACUCCCUCUUCCUCCUUUUCUUCAUGCUCAUCUUCCACUUCCAAUCAACUUGUGCGCCCCACAUCCAUCCCAGAGCCACAGAAGAGGCCCAAGCUGACCAUUCACAUCGGACAGGGAAAACUGGUGCGACCCAACCAGAGCCAGUCAAGCUCCGGCUGUCCUUUAUCAUCAGCCUCCCAAUCUCGCUCACAGUCCACAAACUCUUCCUCAAGCACUUCGCAGUCUACCUCUGAGAGCCCGGCGCAGGUCAAUGGAACACCUGCUAAUCACAGUGCUGCUUUCCUGGUUCCAUAUAGCCAGGAAUCUUCUGAGGACUCUGACAAGGAUGACGGAGUCUUGGACAAUGGUACCACAAAGCCUUACUCAGUUGCCAAGGCAGCCUGUAAAAAAGAUGGUACGGAUAGACCCUGUUCUGAUAGUUUAAGCUCCAAGACAAAUGGCUCUCACACCUCCGAGGCUUAUACGUGUGAAAAUGGAUCAGGACACAGUGGCCAGAAUGGACAUCAAGUCAAUGGAUUCACACAUUCUAAACAGCUUACAGAAAGUCCAACCUCUGAAUCUUCUCUGACCAGCGACACUGACAGUUCAGACAGUCAGCUCAGACAGAGCGUGUCAAGCUCCAAGUUGGAUGGCGUUCUUAUUCCAUCACCCUCCACAGAAAGAGCUAAACCGGUGUGUAACUCUGACACUCAGCCUGCCAUACAGGGGUCAGCCACCAGUACGCUUGUUAAGCCACUGGGCUUGAUGGACCAAACUAGUACGCAGGCAGCCUUACCAAAUGGGUCAGGUCAAGUAGGGGGCAUGACAGAGUCUCCUCCAACCAGUCAAGGUCUCAGCCCUCAGAGGAGUGAUGGACUCGCAGUUUUAAAUGGGCCAGAAAGAGCAGCCCAGGUUCUUGGUGGUGGAAAUAAAACGUCUCCAUCAGUCAAGCCUAAUUCCUGGGAUGAAAAUGUACCAACUGAUGACCAAGAUCAGCUAUCAGAUACUUUCACAAAGGGCAAAAACGGAGACAAGGACAGCCAUCGACAUUACAGAGAGUGCAGGGACAGGAGUAAAGAGCGUUAUGGAGGCAGCCAUCGGUCUGACAGAGAGUAUCGUCCACCUAAGGAGCGUUCUUCAAGUCGGGAAAAACGCUACCGAGAGGUUGAUCGGUACCGGGACAGGCAUGCUUACAACAGACGACACUAUUACUACCACAAACGAGACAGAGGGGAGCGGUUGCACGAUUGGCAGCGAGACAAAGACAAGAGGUAUCAGACCAGUAACUACGACAGUCACCGCUAUUUAGACCAUCAUUACCGGGAUGGCGGCUCGAGCCAUUGGCGCCAUGUGCAGGAAGAUAGACGUGAUAGAUGGCACUACAACAGAGAGCAGCUUUCAUCUUCACGCUCCAAAAGCCCGUCACCUUAUCAUGGAACGAGAAAACGCAGGCACUCUGAUGAAGACUCAGCAUCUGAGGAGCGCAGAGCCCGAAAAAGUAAAAAGUCCAAGAAAAAGAGCAAAGAAAAACACAGGGAGUACGAGAAGGAGAUUUCUGAUCGAAGUGGGGACAGCAGCUCUCGGCGGCACAAAAGUAAAAAAAAGAAGAGGAGGAGGAGAUAUGAUUCAGAGGAGAGGAAUCAUACAGACAGUCAUUCCACCCACAGCUCAGAGAAACAAGACUCGAAAAGCAGGAGUGGUGAGGAGAGAGAAAGCCGUAAGCAUCGUUGCAGCUCUGACAGAGAGCAUUCUCCACCCCGAGCGAAGAGAGUUAACACUGAGGACCAUCACCAACCUAAUGGUCACUCAGACAGUGGCAUAAAUCAUUCCAAUGGGAGUGUUUAUGGAUUCUGUCAGAACGGAAUGGAUGAACUGGUGAAAUACAAACACAUGAAUCAUACCUCCACUAACAGCAGUGGAGGAGACAAUGAAGACUUGGGCGUCGUGCCGUGCCGAUGAAACGAGUAAGUGGAUUAAGCGAGUAAGUGGUCCCGCCUCAGACUAAAGACUUAAAGACUUGGACCAUCACACACAUGAGGAAAAGAAAAAAAUCUCUACAGCUCCUACACACUGAAAGGGUGCUCAAUCAAUAAAAACUGUAUUUUAAUGCUUUAAAGAUAUCGAUUUAGCUACGGACACUUUUUUUUACCUGUACAGCUGAACUUUUAAAUAAAACACAUUAAAAUGUAAACAACAAAUUUAAUAUAUACAUUUAAUCCAGAAACAGAAGCCUGGAGCUUUACCAUCAGAAUCGCUGCUCAGACACAGACUCAGGAUUUUCUCACUUGUGAAGACGAGACCUGUACUCCCUUUAAGGACGCCCAGCCGAGAUAGAAAGGGGGUAAAGAAACAAAAGAACGGAACACAACACGCUGUGGGUCACAAACACUUUGUCCUCGUCACCCCACUUCGAGCUAUGAUGUCACCAAUCUCACGCCUGUUAAAAAUCUUAAUGCAGCAGGCUUUGCUAGUGCUGUGCGUGCACCUACACCAUGGUUAACCUGAACACACUUGACAUGUUAUGCGUACUUCACCUUUUACUACUUGUUUUUGAUUCCCACACUGUUCUACAUUCUCCAGGAUCCAUCUAAUGGCAUUAUUUCUCUUUUUCAAGUUUCUUUGUACUGUAUAGGAAAGAAAUACUGUCGCAUCUUGUCUUGUAGUGGUUUUAAUUGCUUUGUGUGUAGCUUUUCCAUUUUAGUAUUUUUCUUUUAAUACUGUGAAUUUUAUUUGAACUGUAAUAUCAGUUAUUUGUUUGCAGUCCUGUAUCAGGAGUUGACACAUUAUGAUUGGAGAAAAACACUUAGCAUCAUGUAGGCCAUGUUCUGAUUUCUCCCUAUCCCCCCCCCCCCCCCCUUUUUUUUUUUUUAAGCAACAAAAGUAUAUGAAAAUUGUUAUAUUCGCAUUAUACAUUUUACUGUAGCAUGUGAAAAUAAUACAUUGUACAUUUAAUAUUAAUUAAGAGGGAAAAGGCCUUAAUGUCUACAAUUGUAAUAUUGUAAUUUUUCUCUCAGUAUGUUUACAGAUUUUUGUUUGGGGUGAAUGGAUAUGUAUGUAAGUGAUUGAGUGGCUUUGUAUAGGGUGAAGUCUGUUCUCCCCUUUUGGAUAUAAAAAACAAACAGAAA